UGUUCCUGUUUUCUUCACUGAACUAUGGAAUUAUGCCAAUGGUUCCACAUUGGCUAUAUGGCUGUAUUGUUUUUUCGACUCAAAAAUGAAGCCAACUACAUAAUUCACAGCGGGUGCAAUAUAUUAAAUGAAAUUCUAUCCUCCUAUCUAAUGGCUACAUACAUUUAGUUCCUAUUGUUCAGACACUAUAUGUGUCCUCGUUUCCCUCUCUUUAAGCAAUGGACCAGUGAUCCCGAGGAAGGGAGAGGAUUGUGCCCAUUUCUUCCAGAGUAUAAUGCCACUGCACUUUUUGCACAAGAUAAAAGACUUUAUGUGGGAACAGUACUUGAUUUGGGAGGAAUGGAUCCAGUGAUCUACCGAAGGCCUAACGAAGACGAGAACGAUUAUCCUUUGCGAACCGAACAGUAUGACCUCAAACAGCUCAACGGGCCUCAUUUCGUGAGCUCCAUGGAAGACGAUGACUAUGUGUAUUUCUUCUUCCGAGAAAAAGCGUGUGAAGUCUCACAAUCUGGGAAGGUGCCGAAUCCCCGACCUGGUAGCACUCUAGUGAACGACAGUACGCUACUAUCUGAAUACGCUGUCAAUUUCAUGAAGUUGUAUCCAUUCAUGUAUGACCAUGUUCAGCCAAUCUAUCAACAGCCCAUCUUCGUCUUUUCUCAAGACCAAAAUAAUUCCCGAUUGAGCCGAAUAGUGGUCGAUGAGAAUAUUACAGGAGUGGAUGGGAGCACUCAUAAUGUCAUCUUCGUUGGGACAGAUGACGGGAGAAUACUAAAGAUUUUUUCCAAUGAGGAUAAGACCGCAGGGAAAGUGAAUGCAACCGUAGUGGAGGAAUUGGUUGUGUUGGGUAAUGGGGGAAGAGUGGUGAAUAUGUACCGAUACCGAGAGGAGGGAAAGCCGGCAAGGAUCAUUGUCAUUGGAGAUGAACACAUCAUUGCCUUGCCUGUUCAUCGUUGCUAUCUCGUCAAGUCCUGCAGUGACUGUGUGAAGCUUCAAGACCCUUACUGCGCGUGGGACUCGGCGGGCGGUGGUCGUUGCGGCGAGGUGGGCAGAGGAAGUACCGCAAGCAACCUCUUCCGAUAUGUUCAAGACGUUCGUUCUGGCCAGAGCUUGAGAUGUCCCCCGACAAUGUCGCAUCCUAAUGAUUCAAGCGAAAGGAUGCCUGAUGAUAUCGCUGGCGACUCCCAGCCAGGAAGACAGUCUGGAGGUAAGGUAACAAAGGGUGAAUGUCACUUCUACUACUUCCAUUUCGCCAUUUGAAAAUCAGAAGC